UGAUAAUUUGUGCUGAGCUCAAAGGUGUUAUAAACUGAGUCCAGUGGAAUUGUGGAUUCUCGAUCUGGCACUUUGGAAAAAGCUCGGUUUUUUGCUGAAUGUGCUGUGGGGGAAAUGCAGGCUGUGCUGUGCACUGCUUCCCAGCUGAUCCCUGCCACAGCCCAGGCAGCUCCGUGCUGCUCUGUAACCUGAGACUCUGCAGGGCCAGGAUUUGUGCUGAGUUCCUGCUCAGGCCUCAGGUGUGACAACAAUCUGUGUCACUGAGCCAAAGGCAGCCUGUUCCACACUGCAGCCAGCAAGGAAACCUCUCCAGGCUCAGGUGGAGCCCUCCCCACGGAUAUCUUCUCUUUCUUCACCUUCUGAACGAGCCUGCACUCACAGCUUGCCACUUCACUUGGAGAAAUCUGAAAUAGUUGCUCUGUAAAGAAUAUUUUCCAUGGAACGGUCUACAAGUGAGGCUGGAAUCACAUUCUAGAAGUAGAAAGCUCUGACUGGAAAUGCACCCAGUCCCUCCUGCCAGCCUGCAAGAGCACUUGGUGUGGAGGGCUGGGUCCUAGAUAUCAGGAAAGCAGCAGCACUGAGAUGAAAACACACGAGCCUGAUCCCAGCUUCUGUCCUCACUGAAGGUAAAAAUGAAAGGAAUAACAAUCAAUGUGCUUGUCACCCCUUUGGAGGCCCCAUGCAUUUUGUGUUCAUCACAGGGACCAAUCAAAGUUCACACUGUGGGCACCUUUGCUUCCCUGUGAGCAGAAAAAGAGAUUGAUUUGAGCUUUUAAGAGCAAAUGCUGCUGGAAUUCUGAAGUCUCCCCUCCUUCUCCUCCAGAAGAUGAUUUCCAAAAAAGUGCUGGUGGGAUCUCUUGUGUGCCUGGGUGUCAUUGCUGUGGCUAUCUGGGCUAGAGCUGGGAGUGGAAAAGUGCAUUACCUGCCCUACUACCUUCCCUGCCCAGAAAUCUUCUCCAUGAAACUCCAAUAUACAGAGGAGAAGCUAAUCCAGCUUUUCCCCCAAUUAUUUUAUCAGCAGCCAAGAGUGCUGGUGCCAAAGCGCCAGGAUGUGCUGACAGUCACACCAUGGCUGGCCCCCAUCGUUUGGGAAGGGACCUUUGACCCUGAGAUCCUGGACAGUGCCUACAGACCCCUGAACCUCACCAUAGGGGUGACAGCCUUUGCUAUUGGCAAGUACACGAGGUUCGUGCGGCGCUUCCUGGAGUCGGCAGAGCAGCACUUCAUGCGCGGCUACCGGGUGAACUACUACAUCUUCACAGACAGCCCUGAGAGCAUCCCCCCAGUGCAGCUGCAGCCAGGGCGCAGGCUGGAGGCCGUCCCCAUGCUCAGGUUCUCCAGCUGGCAGGAGAUCUCCAUGCGCAGGAUGGAGGCCAUCAACCGCCACGUGGCCCAGGUGAGCCACAGGGAGGUGCAGUACCUGUUCUGCCUGGACAUUGACAUGGAGUUCCACAACCCCUGGGGCCCUGAGACCUUGGGGGACAUGGUGGCUGCCAUCCACCCUGGUUAUUUCUCAGUGCCACGGGAGCAGUUCCCCUAUGAGAGGAGGAGAUCCUCGGCAGCCUUCAUCCCCGAGGGGGAAGGGGAUUUCUACUACGGAGGAGCCGUGUUUGGAGGCUUGGUCAGCAGAGUCUAUGAGUUCACCAAGACCUGCCACAUGAGCAUCCUGGCUGACAAAGCCAACGGGGUCAUGGCAGCCUGGCAGGAGGAGAGUCACCUCAACAGGCACUUCCUGACCCACAAACCCUCCAAGCUGCUUUCUCCAGAGUACAUUUGGGAUGACAGGAAGCCAAAGCCCCCCGAAAUCCGCCUCGUACGUUUUUCCACAGUGGUUAAGAACUACAAAGAGCUCCAAAAUUGAUCCCUGCAGAGAGAUCCUCCAUGCAACCAAACCCACCAAAAUUAGCUCCUGCAGGAUGUGCCCCACCAUUAAUUUUUGUUCCUGGUGGGAGCAAACUGGGAAGGGAAUGUGUGGAUAGUUCCUUUGGAGAACAGAGUCUAAAUGCAUUUCAGGAACAGCAAAGUGCAGGUGAGACUGAAAAGGGUUUUGGAUUCUCACUCUUUGUAAAGGCAUCCUGCUUGAGGCUGUAGCACACAAAAAAGCAUCCUAAAGGCCAGUUAUACAACACAUGGCUUUGCAUGAGUGUUUUCCCGAGGCUUGGUGGAAACUUAACAAAUCAAAAUGGUAUUUGGCAUUCCUGUGGAGAAGAAGACCUGGGGUUUUGGUAAAGACCUUUUCAUUUGAAACAUUGCAGGCAAUAAAUUUUCCUGCACUGUGAUGUAAACUAACACCUUUUGUCAGAAUCAGGAGGAAACUUGCACUAGGAGCACGUUAUCCCUGUGUGGUGUGCAGCAGGAUUUCUUGGACCUUCUCAGCAGAGAGCUGGUGCCAGGCAUUGCCAGUAAGAGCCCUGGCCUGACAGGACAAACAGUGUGAACUCGGCUAGCAGUUAUCUCCCAAAUUCCAGUCUGUGCUUUGGAGACACAAGUUUAAACAGAACUGGCAAAGCUCAGAGCAGACUGAACUUCUUCGGGUUUAUUUCAAUCACAGAUGUGCUCUGAACCUUUUCCCUGGGUCACAUGUCUCUGUGGAUCAUGUAAUCUUUUCCAACACAGAAAAUCUGGUUUUGAGAUGUUCAUGUUCCUCUCCAUUGCUUCAGCCCUUUCCAAUUUUUCUAAGCUCUGUGAAAUAAAUUGGCGAGAAGCUGCUGGAGCUGACAGCACGAGCUGAUGCCUUUCCAGCAAACAGGAUGAUUUCAUUCCGUAAUGAAAUGCUCUGCUGAAGCUGGGAGUUCAGCACAGAGCUGGAACCGAGCUGGGGUGAACAUUUUCUCUCCCUGGAUGUGCUGAGGAGCUGAACCAGGCGUUUAGAGGCUGACAGCUCCCUGGGGUGAGCAGGGGGAGCAGCCAG